AUAGGAAGGAGUGGAGGUGCAUAUCCAACCAGUCUUAGGACUGACGAUCCUAUGAUGAUGAUGACAUUUCUCAAUAUGCUCACCAUGCGUGAACAACGCUUACAAUUCCAAACACAAACAAUUGUUGGUUGCGAAAACCUAAGGCAAAACAGAAUCAAUCGUCUAAUUUUGAUAGUAUGGUUUAGUGUUUUUCAUAUAUGUAUUACAGUUUUUUAAAUGAUUGAUUUGCUGUGCCUAUAUAACACACAGCAUUCAAUAUUUAUUCCCUGUCUAAAAGAAUAAUGUGAGCUUUUAACAAUAAUUUAGCACCUAUUUCACCAAUAUCUGAAUUUUACCGUGCAUUAUUUUACAAAUGCUUUUAACAAAUAAUUUCAAACAAACGCAGUCGGCAUCAUAAAGUGAUCGAAUUAACCAAUGCUAAUUUGUACUACUUGAUAUAUGCUAUUAAUUAAUUAGCAGGCAUGUAUGGUAAGCCAAUACUUGUUAUGUUUGAGUUACCUACCCAAAGGAGUCACUCAAGGAGAUACUAAGUGUAAGAUUUCAAAUUCGAGGGAUAUGCAGCAAAUCUGUUUACAUUUCAAAUUCCUCCAUUAGUCAAGGAUCGAACAACCUUUCCGUAGUCUAUUCUAGGAAUGAAAUAAAUCUGAAUUUCAAUGGUUUAAACAUUAUAGUUAUUAUUAUUAUCUUUUUAAUUACGGUUUGUUUUUGAUAAUACCUUAAAUGGUUAGUACUUAAAUCCAUACGGCAUAUACAGGAAUAACUAACUUUUCUAAAGCAUUUUUUUUAAAACGUGAAGUAUGAAUAUUUGCCAAUCCUUUACUCACAAAAUAAUUUUAUAAGAAAGAAACAAAAAGCAUAUAUCUCAACAUGUAAUAUACUCGACAUUUAUUUUUAGCAAGUCGAUCGUUUUCAAAAUGACUAGGUCGAAACAAUUUUAUCGAAUAUUUAUGUUAUAACGUAACUACUACUCCUUCAAAAACUCUUGUUUUGCUUUUCUCUAUAUUAACAUGUUUCUUCGAGAAUACACCUACGAUAGGUAAGUAUUUUUAAUAACUAAUACAAGCUUUAUUUAGAAAAGAGUUUCCGCGACCAAUACUUUUUGAGUCAUGACUUUGUUGAAGCUCCGGGUCCAAAUGCCACUGGUGGUAUUGCCAGCAUUAAAUAGUGAAAAGUAGAUUGCCACUCACCAAGGCAAAACAGCCCCAAAAAUUAAAAUAUUUGCAAAUUCAGAUGGUUUAAUUGUCACGUGUUUAGUCAAUCUAGUUAAAAAAGAUUUUUUUUUUAAUAUGACUUAAUGUGUGAAUCGAUUUUAAUUAUUCUUUCAUUAUUAGAAAAUAAUAGGUCAUACCUCAAAGAUGGGCCCAUUAAAGUUUGAAGAAAAUAUUCCACCUUAUUUGACUUUUAGUUUAAGUUAAGUAAGGAAAAUUGUUCACAUUUGGCCCAAAUGCCUUUAAUGUACGCAUUAUUUUAUUAAAUUACGCAAUAGACGUCAGCACAGAAAAGGAGAAUUAUUUUCCGAUAGGGAUGAGUUGGGAUCUCAAUAAAUUACUGUUUCAAGAAUUUAAUUUUCUUUGGAAAAUAGAGCAUCGUUUUCCUUCAAUAUCACGUACACAUCUAUUUAUAUGCUUUCUUGAAUCUUUCGUCGUGAUGAUAUUAAGUAUUUAUAGUCGCCCUGCAGAACUAUCAUUUAUUCUGUAUGCUGUGUAGUGCGAUUGUAGGCGAUUGUUCAUAUUGAUGGAUAAAACAAGCGAAUUAGCAAGAAGUGGGUUACAUGCCAGUAAACAGGGAAAUCGAGAUUGCGACAUUCAAUUCAUCAGGCAAGAUAUCGAGAUAAGCUGCUACCGACAGGUGUUAAACAAAGAUUCGGAUUUGAGAUGUCUGUACCACUCCAGGUUCCAUUAAUUUCACUGCAUUAAGCGGAACGACGUACGUACCACGCUCUUCAUCUAAAAUCGACGGUUUAUCGAGAAUGUUCAUCAGGAAUGCUUUACGGAAAUUAUGCUGCUAAUAGGCAUACCGCCUUUAGAAGUAAAUUAAGUUCGUUCUGCCAAUUUCAAGUAUCUCCUGCUUCUACGUUAUAAACAAAUGUUGUAAAUUCUUACACAUAAUGUUUGUUAAUAAAUUCGAUUGUUUCAAUAUUUGAUAACAAAUCGAAGAUAAGAGGUAAACGCUUUUAUUAUUAACUUCAUAAUAAAGUAACGUUUCGUCUUAUAGUUUUGAGGCUUCAUUAAGGUAAAAACCUGUACUCUUUAAUAGCUUCGAUUUAUUACAUAUUUAGAAAACAUAGUUUCAAUAAUUGUAAGUAUCGAGAUCAAAAAAUGAUUAAUAAUAACUUCCACUGCAUCUAGCCACGAACAUUAAUUUAUGUUCGUUGAAACACAUCAAUUUAAGUCUUUUAGUUCUUCAUUGCUAUUGAAAGUGUAUGAAAAAGAAAACAAAUCAAUAUGACUACUAAGCUACAAAAAUUUUCUAACAGCCGUAUCUCAAUGUAUAAAUAGUUGCUUAUUUCUGGUUGCACUUCACAUUUGACAGGUCAUUUUGUCAAAAAUGUUACCGUUAAUGUUUUGUACAACACACAAAAUUACUCGUUUGAUGUGCAUUUUAGCCGUUUUCGGAAAGUGAAAUAGAAAAAGGACCCGGAUCUGUAAUAUCAUGAAAAAACAUGAGGUAUAAUGUAAAAGAUUUUUUUUGGAUAUAAAUGAAAAGGAAAAGGAUUCAAAAGAAAAACGAAAGGUUAUACACGUCGAGCUCAACAGGAAUUAUAUACAGGCUUAUUAUGGUUUUAAGUCUUAGGAGCAGUGCUUGAUGUACAUUAGGAUGCUACAAGCUAGUAUCCAAGGCGGCAACGUCCCAGGGGCAGCAAAAUUCGAAGGAGUCUUUGGCGUUGUCAAACUAAAGGAAUCGAUAAGCAGGUUGGCUCAAGGAGAACUGUUCUGCAUGUUCAAUGAUUACAUGAAGGGAUAGGAAGCUGGAAGUGUACAAUGUUCAAAACUUUCGAAAAUUAACUCGUCUUAACGACCGAAGCUUAUCAUGUUGAGGACGAAGGUGGUCCUUGGACUGCUGUUCAGCUUGCCGCUAACGCUAGCUCAAACACCUUCACCAGCCAAAAAUGAUCCUUCCUUCUUCUCUAAAAUGACCAAUUGGUUAUUUCCUUUCGGCAAUACUGAUGACUUAACAACAUCUGAAACGAAUAGAUAUUAUACUAAUGGCUUUAUGUCUUUACCUCAAGCUGCCAAUUCAAUACCAGGUGAUACUAGUUGCAAUCCCUGCAACAAAGUCCCUUGGAUACCGGUGUUAGCAAAUUACGGGGAUAAUGCUAUAGUUGGUUUUGUUCAACCAAAUUCUAAACCUCCUCAGUAUUUACCGCCUUCAUCGUCUAUCUAUAAUCCAGUGCAAAGGGUUGAAAUCACCGGUAUGAAACCACCGCCACUACCUCAAAGCUUUAGACCACCUUCAAAUUAUGGUCCACCACCUCCAGAAAACUAUGGGCCGCCACCUAAACCAAACUAUGGUCCACCACCAUUAACACCGCCUGAAACGUAUGGUCCUCCACAAGCAUAUGGUCCCCCACCUCAAACAAAUUAUGGACCUCCGAAACCAAAUUACGGAUUUCCUCCACUUAAACCGAACUACGGGGCGCCGCCGCCGCCAAAACCUAGCUUUAUUCCACCCCCUAAAACAAAUUAUGCUUCACCACCUUUUCUAAAUCAAAUAGUUCCUCCCAAACCACAUUAUGGACAACCUUCCAUACGGACGUAUGGUGUACCACCGAAAAUGAAACUUAUACCUUUAAACCAAAAUUAUGAUCCAUACUCGUCGUCUACCCACGGCCUGCCGUCUUUUAUCCCUGGCGGUCAACCGAAUAAUUUUCAAAAAAAUUAUCCAUUACCAUCACAGGACUAUAGCCCUCCACUCGUAAACAGUUAUGGGACGCCAGUUUCCCAUACCAAUAUCCUUUCAUCCGAACCAAUCGGUAUGAAGCCUCCUCCUUUUCAACCGCCUUAUGAUAUCCCAUCUGUUAAUCUUCCUGUCGAAGAAAAUCCGCCAUUACCUGAAUAUCCUCCAAUAGGUCAACCAGUUAACAGUUAUCAAACGCCUCAAGAAAGUCAAGAAGUGAACGUGGUGGCUUCUAAAGAAAUACAGAUCAACAUUGAAAGCAGUAGUCACAAUCCUUCCGUUUCCAGUUACGAUGAUGCUCUGAAAGAUCAGAAUUCGGUAUCCGAUUAUGAAAAUCAAAACGGCGAACAAGCGUUAGCAUCGGAAGAAUCGAAAUUUGCACUGUAUGUUCCAGUUGCAGAAGGAGCCGUUAAAAAAUUAAACGAAGAAAAAGAGAAGUUUUCUCAAACAAUACAACCUUUAGAAAGAGAUAUAUUUAAAAGUGGAGAAGUUGAUGCCGUACAAUCGGUCAUACCAAAUUAUACGUCUAAUUCAUAUACGGGUGAUCAGGAAAUAACAGCAGAAUCAAAACAUACCAGUUCACUGCAAAUACCUUAUAAUCACAAUCCUGAUUACACAACUUCUAACUCUUCCGAACAAAAUAAGAGUUCUCGGUUUAUACCGGGUCGUGGUGGUCAGUACACAUUUACAUCAGAUUCUGGAUCCCUACAAAUAGCACCUGUACAUUUUUCGAGAAAUUUACAUCACCAUUCUAACAAUUUUAAUGGUUUUGGCUUAGCAACAGAGAGAACCAUGGCCAGGCAACAUGGUGGCUUUUAUAAAUUCAUCAACCCUAUACCAUUCCCUCAAUUAAGUGCAUCCCAAGUAGUACCAGUCCGUAAACCCGUCAACUUUAUUUCUAAUUCGAUACAACAAGAAAAUAAAAAUUCUCCAGUACAACCAAACAAUAUUCAAGUACUACCAAGCAUUCAAGUAGCAAGUUAUUUAUCGACCAUAGAGCAUCCAGUAACAGUGGUACAAUCGUCACUGAUUGAUAUUAAUGCAACGGAUGUAAAGUUUGAGGAAGAUAACAAAGUUGCCGAAAACAGAAAUAACCCUAUUAAUACAACAGUACUUAACACUGUACAAACAAAUGACAGCUUCAGCGCUAAUUCUAAAUUUAUCGCAUAUCCUACAAACUCAACUGAUUCAAACAGAGAUCAACAUAAAACUGAAGUAAUAAAUAUUUUGAAUUACCUUGCUGACUCAACACGUACUAAAUUUGAGCAUCAACAGGAAUUACACCAACACAAUACAAAAAAGAAUUCCACUGUUUUCAACUUUAGUAGUAACGCUAGCGAGUUCAAGCCUCCUCCAAUGGAUUACAGUAAUUGGACCCCAACAUUAUUAAAAGUAGGACCAAGCAUUCCCACAUCGAUGAUGCCACCAGGUAGAAAUGAACACGUAUGGUUGACAGCAAAAGGGAAAGAUCAAGUUCUUUACGAUCCGUUAAACAAAAAACAUGCCCAAAUUAUAAUACCUUACAUACCAAAGUCCCCUACACCUUUCAAACUGAAAGAGACAAUGCAAACCAAACGACCAGAUAUUAUGCCUAACACAAAUCCCAUGUCUUCUGUAUUGCUCAAGGAAUCUGUAUGGUCUCAGUUUACGAAGGAUUAUGCUCAAGAGGAGUCCCAGAAAAUUCAUUCCUCUGUUUUUACAGAAAGACCAUACGUAACCACGUUGGAUACUGAAACAACAUUGGUUACAGAGGAACAUAAGACAACGGUACACAGCAAUAGAAAUAAUAGCGAAUUACCUUUUGAUAUAAUUAGACUUCAAAAAAAUAUUGACGACUGGACAGAACAAGAAUUCUCAAAGAAAUUUGUAGACGUUAAUGUAGCAGACAUAAAAAAUAAAAUAUCCUCUACAAAAUCAAUUCCAUCAGUAUAUCUACAAUUCCAGCAAACCAAUCAAAAUGAAACAACUACGACAAGUUCAACAACAGACUCUAAAAUAUACACAACCCUCGACAAUGACAAGACUAUCUCUAAACUAGAAGACGAAAUAAACAAUUUCAUUUUGGAUGAUGACGACGUGACCACCACUGCACAAUCUCCUGUGACAGAUUCAACAACACCCAUACCUACUACACUUACUGAAAGUUUUUCCGUUGAAGAAAAACCAUUUUGGGAACAUUUACAAGUUUCAAUCUCUCCUUUGACAAACGAAAAAGUUUACGUUGUAACUCCAUUACCUCUGUCGCAAAAUAUAUCUGAAGAAAUAUCCAGGCAUGAAGUUUCUAGGAACCAAAAUGGAACUGGCGGUGAUGCUUUCAGUGUUUUAAAGCUUCUUUUCAGCGAAUGGCCACACCACAUUAAUGAUUUAGAAACAACGACAUCGACUCCUAAUCCCGACCCGAAUUUCAAAGUGGACCACUUAGAUUUGGUUAAUGCUGAAAGAUACACUGCUACCCCUAGUCUAAGGGUGGAAACGUUAACAGGACACUCAAAGGUUUCAAUUGGUAACCUUCCAUCAACAGAGCCGUCAACAGUUUCGUCACCAAGUGCGAAAAAUAUUACGAGUAUAGCGACAUAAAAACUUAUAAGUGACAUAUUAUAGUGCAAAUAGAGUUGAAGUGCAAUAUUUAUUAUAAAACACCAAACGAAUGGAUGCCAUAAGGACACAGGUAUUUCGGUGUAAGUGAUGAAGAAGAAGAUACAAUAGACUUGAAAACGUUGUAAAAUUAAUCGUGAUGGUCACAUACAAACAUUGUGUACUUAUUUAUAUAGGAUCUUAGAAUUUCGCGUUAAUUUAUUAAAAAGAAAAAUAAAUUGCAUGGGUUCUCAUCACAUCUCAUUGCAAUGGACUAUGAUAAUAUUAUUCAGUUUAAUAAAAAUGUACCUAUAAUAACUAAAGAGAAAAACAACAAUAAAUUAUUAAUAACGAUAAAUUACUGCCAAUUGAAAAGUUAAUCGCAAAGUUCCAAGUUAAAAGUAUGAGUAAAACUAUUUUAUUUAAUUGAAAAUGCUGAAUUUUAAGAAUAAAUGACGGAAAGUGUUUCACACAUAUUACUAUUUAAACUAAUAAGCUAUAGCUAGUUCAAAAUCACAAGAGCAAGAGGCAUUAACUGUCACUGUUAACUGUGUGCCUCGCUAUAUAAUCAGCAAUGAUAAAUAGUGACGGCCAUCAAGGAAGGGUUCUAUGACUGUGCAAUUCGACGCCAAGGCGCAUGAGAUUCUGAACUACCUCUACACAAGGAAACCCUUUUAACUAGUUUGGAUAUAUCAGCUACUUUACAAUAAUAAUUGUGUAGUAGUUGUAGAUAGAGAUACGGUAGGUAGAGUACGUAUAGCAUAGAAAGGAUGCCUUUAUGUCACUACAUAACAACUAGAGUUCAUAAUGCAAAAUUUCGUGUUGAAUGUGUAUGAGAAUGUUUCGAGACGUAACUCAGCUUAACAAUGUUUGCUGUAGAGCUUUUCUCGUAACAAGUAAACUUUAUUAUACCGUACACAUUCGUAUUGUAUGCAUAUACAUGUAUGUAUACUUAUAUAUAUUUAAAAUUGCACAUUCCCAAACACAGGUACAUCCGCAGUGUGCCUUAAUAACGUUUUGUGAAUAUGUGUCCAGUAGGAAAUGCAAUUGACGUCUCAAUUUGAAAAGUUUUAGUCGAGCAAUUCUACUAAUGCAGGUAGGAGACAAUAAAACUAAAAGCGAAAUAUGCAUUCUGACUACACUAAAUUAUUAAAUACGGAGAAUAUUAAGCAGGAUAAUUUGGGUAACACAAGUUUCGAUAAAAUGUAGUCAAUUAAUGAAUUGAAUUUUUGCAAUGUUUAAUUAAUUUACUGUAUUUUUUUCGAUGGCUUUCCUUUUACCAUUUUGAAUUUUGCUUAAUACGCUUCCUAUGUAUUUUUAUUAGACUAAAAAUUAUGUUAUUGCUGUUUCCAUAUACGGACCUUUCUACUUUCUAAAACAUAAAAGUUAGCAAUUUAUUUGUAAUAGAAGUACUUAUAUUAAUAAAUAGAACCCGAGAUAAAAAUGUUCAGUCUCUCAGAGUCUCUGAAAGCGAGACUCGAGUCUCCAUCUCUCAUCGAGUCGCUCUGGUGUCGCAGAGAAAGACUGUCGAGAGACUAUCAAAAAAACAAUUUAGCGUCUCUGAACAAGAGACUCGAGUCGCUUAUAGAGUGAUCCUCAUUUCGUAUCCAGUUUCUGAACGAGAGACUCGAAUCUCUUAAUAAGUGUUGUCUCGAUCGACAUGGUUAAAGUUCAUCAUAUUUCAGAGAUCCCAGUCUUUCUACAAGAGACUCGAGUCUCUCAA